AUGUCGCAGCAACCGGGACCGAUGGACGAGUACCUGUCCACCCCACAAUGCAUAGCCGGCACACGAGGCCCAGACAAAAUGGCGCCCGGAUCGCCGGGAACACAGAGCAGAUCGAGCUCCACGCAGGACUCCCCGCGGAGAGACGCCCUCACUCAGAUGUCAGCUGAACUCGCUGCAAUCUCGGCAAACAUGUUUUCCAGGCAAGACAAGAAGGAGCUGGUGGCAGAACUACGCGCAGCUAUCCGGGAGGAGGUGGCUGCGGUCCGGCGCGACCUCUCCGCCCUAGAACACCGGGUGGGAGACCUAGAGGUCCAACAGCUGCAGUCAGAACAAUCCCAACGGGCCACAGACCUGGCUACCACGAGGCAGGGCAACCUCCUCCUGGAGCUCAGACGCCAGGUGGAGGACCUUGAGAACCGCGGACGGCGCAAUAAUAUCCGCGUCAGAGGCCUGCCAGAGUCGGAAGGAGAGACCCCAAGAGAGGUCCUGGAGGGCCUGUUCACACAACUACUGGGGGAAGAAGCUCCACCGGAUUUCGGAUUAGAGCGUGCACACCGGGCGCUUCGACCACCAAGGAGGGAUGGCCUCCCCAGGGACUUGGUGUGCUGUUUUCAAUCAUUCCAACUGAAAGAAAGUAUCAUGAGAGCGGCCAGGGCACUGCGCACCAUCACCUACAUGGACUCGCAAGUAUCCCUAUACCAGGACCUGUCUCCCCUCACCCUCGAUGCCAGGCGAGCGCUGAAGCCCAUCACAGGCCUCCUACAGCAGAAGCGGAUCCCUUACAAAUGGGGAUUCCCGUUCAGUCUGCAGGCAAGAAUUGCGAAUCGCUGGCUGGCAAUCCGCUGGCCUAAUGAUGUCCCUAGAUUUCUACGAGCAGCGGGCCUCCCUGAGACCCCCGUCCCUAACUGGAUCCUUGAUCACCCGCCGGCCAGGCCCACGGGCCCUACAGUUCCAGCGGAUCACCUGUCGGAUGGUGCCCUGCGGAGCUCCUCGACGCACCGGAGCGGGCCCAACACCGCGGAAGAGUAGGAAGUCUGUAAGCACCCGAGAGCGCGCCCCUGGAGGGGUUCUUGCGCGGACCGGGGGCCCCGAGACCCCCACGUCCUACCCCGCGGGUAAGGUGCACACCUGCCCGUAGAUACACGUGGAUUAACUGAGGACUUGAAACUGAGCAUCUGGGGUAUGUACCGUUCCUCCCCCCGGGCCUGGGACUCCCCUAUGUGUACUAUAAGAUCUGCACCCCCCGGGAACUCAGCACUUGGGUGGGAGACGGGAAAGGGGGGGCAGCAAAGUGGAAGCAUAGAAGGGAACUGGCCACCACCACUUCACACGGCCUCAGUUGGGGCAGAGCGGGUUCAGGUAGAGCACCCAACCUACUGGAGCUAUUAACAGCAUGUCAGGACCUGGUGUGGGGGCGGGGCCUGCGGGGAGGUGGAGCGGGUCUCCUAAGGGGUUACUCACUGGAGCUGGGGAGCCAUGGCGGUACCCGGAGGGAGGAGGCUGGAGGCACACCCGUCACACCCCCCCGGGCCCGAGGGCCAAAAGGUCUACGCCCAGACCCCUGCAGGGCCGAGAGGGGUAGAGAGGGGGGACGACCGGGCACCUGGGGACGCACGAAGGAACUCGUGCAUAGACCGAAACAGGGCACAGGAACCAAUAAGCACUACUUACAAGUGGCACCACUAAAGUCAAAGAAGGGCCAGAAGGCUCGUGUGUCCUCGGAGAGGGGGGAGACGGAUAAUCUGGCAGGGGGGGAGGGGGUAGGACGGAGAAUCUGGACGAGGGGGGGUUGA